AUGUCCUCGCCGAUUGAUUAUGAACUUGAUCCCAAAGCAACCAUUUCAACUGAAUCAAAUGUGCCGACAAGUUCGGAGCAAAGCCUGAAUGGCACAGAUUCACUCGACAUAGCCUCGAGUAGUACAAGAACCACUGUGGGGGAUGAUAGUGAUCCAGAUACCCCAUUUGACCCAAGGCCAAUCCGAAAUAUUUGCUGCGUUGGCGCAGGCUAUGUUGGAGGGCCAACUGCUGCUGUCAUUGCAUUCAAAAACCCACAGAUUCGAGUCACCGUCGUGGACAAAGAUGAGCGACGCAUUCGAAGAUGGAAUUCCCGGCAUCUACCUAUCUACGAGCCUGGGUUGGCCGAAAUCGUUCGGAUCGCACGGGAUGGGCUCGGAAAUUCGUCUGCCCCGGUCAUGUCAUUAAACCCAGAGCAGAUAUCAUAUAUACUUGACGAGCAGGAAGCAUACAAAGGGCAUCACAAACAAGAGGAAAGCCUUGCAUCUUCCCGCGCGCCGAAUUUGUUCUUCUCUGCAAACGUUUCAAAAUGUAUUCGAGAGUCGGAUAUUAUUAUAAUUGCGGUCAACACCCCCACCAAAAUGCGAGGAUCAGGAGCAGGGAGUGCAACAGAUAUGACAGCUUUUGAAGCUGUCGCCGCGGACGUUGUGCAGCAUGCAAAGACCGGAUCGAUUAUUGUGGAGAAGUCCACAGUUCCUUGUAAAACGGCCCAAAUGAUCCAGGAGAUAAUUGCUGUACGUCGGCCCGGUGAGCACUUUGAGAUCCUGUCGAACCCUGAGUUCCUCGCAGCCGGGACUGCAAUUUACGAUCUGUUGCAUCCGGACAGAGUUAUCAUAGGUUCUGCAACGACCGCAGAAGGAAGGGCUGCAGCAGAGACACUAGCCAGAGUAUACUCUGGCUGGGUUGACCAAGCCCGCAUCAUCACUACGAACAUCUGGUCAUCGGAGUUAGCAAAGCUCGUGGCCAAUUCUAUGUUGGCUCAGCGACUUAGCAGCAUCAACAGCAUUUCAGCGCUUUGCGAGGCCACAGGGGCUGAGAUCAAUGAGGUCUCGGCGUCGGUUGGAAUGGACUCCCGAGUUGGUGACAAAUUCCUCCGCGCCGGCAUUGGGUUCGGAGGUAGCUGUUUCAAAAAGGAUGUCCUCAGUCUUGUAUAUCUUGCCGAAUCCUUGGGUCUCAAGGAGGUUGGGGCGUACUGGCGUCAGGUGGUAACCAUGAAUGAAUAUCAGCGCAACCGAUUUACCAGUCGCGUCAUCAAGUGUCUGAACAACACCCUGGUUGGCAAGAAGAUCACUCUCUUGGGAUAUGCCUUCAAGAAGAACACAUCGGAUACCCGCGAGGCACCUGCCCUUGAGAUAAUCAAGACAUUGCUUGAUGAAAACCCGGGAGAAAUCGCAAUAUUUGACCCUUGCUGCAAUCCCUAUGUCAUUGAGAGCGAGAUUCGCCAGCUACAUGGAUAUGGACCUCCGGCUCUCAGAGAUGACGGUGGUGCAGUGAAAGUUUAUUCAGACGUUUAUGAAGCCUGCGCUUCAUCUAAUGCAGUACUUAUUGUCACCGAGUUUGACGAAUUCCGAAACUCUGAAGUGGUUGCCGCUCCUCGUCCUUCAAGCCUUCCGCCAGGAAGUCUGCCCUUGCGCCGGGGUAUGCAUCAGUCCUCCCAGGUGGAAGCCAAUUCUGGACCGAGUAGUGUGACUAAUCCACUAUAUGAUACAUACGCUCAAGAGAAAUUUGCAAUUGAACCCAAUUGUGCUGCAGAUUGCCCAGACUGCCAGAGAGAAAACGGCAGCGAGAUCGAUGUGCGCGAUCUCAACAACCUUCACAAGAAGCAAGUUGACUGGAAAAAAAUUGCGGAUAAUAUGGAAACACCGAAGUGGUUAUUUGAUGGGCGGUGCAUCGUCGAGAUCAAGAAGAUGAGCCAGUUAGGUAUUCGUGUUGAGAGCAUUGGCUCCGCUGGCUUGUAA